UGAUAUACAUAUAUUUUAAUUUAACCGACCAAAGUCAUGGAAUAGUUUAUUAAAUGCAAUUAUUUGUAAUGUAAUGAUAUCAUCGUAAUACUGCUAUUGACUCGUGUUUUAUACUCAAGAGAUAUUUGGAUAUUUUCAGCAAAAUGGUUGCAACUGAUUUAAAGAAUUUUACUGUCGAAAAUAACGUUUACAAAGGAAAAGUGUCGUCUUAUAGCUCUAAUUACAAGAGCCUUAAUGAAUUAAUAUGGAAUAAAAUUAAAAACCAUGGAGAUAAAAUUGCAUAUUUAGAUGCACGCACAGAAAACGUGGUUUCAUAUGCGGAGUUACAAGACAAAGUCGUGAGAUGUGCGUUAUGGUUGCAAAAACAAGGAAUCAAGUCUGGCGAUGUUGUCAGUCUGUGUACAUGUAAUCAUCUAAAUUCCAUUGUACCCUGUUUGGCUGUAAUUUACAUCAAUGCAAUCUUCAAUCCGUGGAACGAGGAUAUGGAUUUGCAAACUGCGCUGCAUGUCAUGCAACUGACUACUCCGAAAGUAAUCUUCUGUAGCGAAAAACCCGUGAACGUUAUCUUGAGCGCGAUGAAAGAGAGUAAUUGCAAUGCCAUGAUUGUAGUUUUUGGCAAUCAUCCCAAUGCGAUCUCGUUUUCUGACAUUUUAAACAUGUACAGCAACGCAGAAGUGGCGAAUUUUCGAUUUGCCGAAGUAGAUGAUAUUAAAAAAACGACGUGCAUCAUGCAUUCGUCAGGCACCACGGGGAUGCCGAAGGGAGUCGAAAUGUCCAAUUACUGUCUCUCAUACAUCAGCGAGGAUAAAAACUUCGAUAUGUCUAACGCAGUGUCAAUUUGGUUUUCCUCACUUUAUUGGAUCAGCGGGAUAUUGAUGAACUUAAAAUCGAUCGUGCAAGGCGCCAAAGUGAUUAUAUAUCCGGAAUUUGAUGAGGAGAUGACGUGUCAAUUAAUCGAGAAAUACAAAGUAACAGUAAUUUUUUUAAGUACGAGUAUGAUUAAUCGGUUUCUUAGAACGGGUUAUAUAAAGAAGUAUUCAUUAUCAUGUUUGAAAGUCAUUAUCUGUGGUGGUGCAAUAAUCAAGCCAAAAGCACAAAAAGAAAUGAGAUCUAUUUUACCGCAUGUUCAAGUGUUGCAAGGUUACGGAAUGACGGAAAUCAGUGGAAUCGCGGCAUUGCAACUUUCGCGUCAUAAAAAUGGGUCUUGUGGAACAGUGGUCAACAAUGUGCAAAUGAAGGUCGUAGAUCCAGAAAACAGAAAUGUCCUUGGCCCGAAUAACUCGGGAGAAUUAUGGAUAAAGACGGCCACCAUAAUGAAUGGUUACUACAGGAAUCCUGAAGCGACAAAAAAUACUGUUGAUGAAGAAGGAUGGUUGCAUUCGGGUGACAUCGGUUAUUUCGAUGAAGACGGAGAACUCUUUAUUAUUGAUAGGAUAAAAGAGCUUAUAAAAUAUAGAGGAUAUCAAAUUUCACCUGGAGAAAUUGAAGCUGUUUUAAUGUCACAUCCAGAAGUAUUGGAAGUUGCAGUACUAGCAGUGCCGCAUGCAAUAGACGAUGAACACCCUAUUGCUUAUGUCACUAAAAUGCCCGGAUCCAAGGUGACGGAGCAAGAAUUAAUAGAUUUGGUGGCAAAUAAUAUGAUGGAUCAAUAUAGACUUCGUGCUGGUGUUGUAUUUUUGGACGCUUUUCCCUAUACAGGUUCAGGAAAAAUCGCGAGGAAAGAAUUGAAAGCAAUGGCUAAAAAACUAGCUGUUGAAUAA